AUUCGGGCUAGGGCUCUAUGCUGGGGGGUUUAAUGUUACUCGACUCAACCUUAUGUUUCAUAGGAAAACAUUACGUCUCUUCGCGUAAAUUUCACGUUUUCUGCGUAGUUGGAAUACCAGCAUGGAAAUUCAGUUCUGGUGCUCCAUUUGCAAAAAAAAAAAACUUGAUAGAGUGAAAAGGAGCAAAUAAAUAUUUUUCAGUCAAUUAUUAUUGUUUUGUAAUGGAAUUUGUCAUGAAUAAGGAGAAUUGGGUAGAGUUCAUCUGUAAUGAGGAGACAGUGUUUUAACUUAGGAACCUGAUUGUUGAUCAUCCUUUCUGGUGUACCAUACAGAGUUCAAGAAUUCCAGCUCUCAAACAGAGCAGUGCUUUGCAAUUGUUCCUGCUGAUCUGUCUCUUACUAUGUCCUUAAUGUUUGUAAGCAAUAUACUGUCUGUGUUUAAUCUGGAAGCAUAUUUAACUUUCUUUAUCUGGUGACAGGUGACCCCUGAGAAAUCAUAAGACUCGAUAAAGUAGGAAUUUCAUGGCUAUUAAUGGAUUAGCGAUCAAGCCCUUGAUUGACACUAAGGCUCAGAAAGUCUGCUUCGCUGACGCUAGCAAUGAUGUCAUUGAGCUCCUCCCCUGCCUCCUAUGCCUUCCUAUGGGCGCCGUUGCCAACCUGCUUUACCAAGGAGGCAUGGUUGGUAGCAUUGGUAAUGUGCUUGACAGCGUGCAGGAACUGGACACCAAGUAUGUAUGCUCAAGCAAGAGCAAGGAGCCCUAUCUCAGCCCUACUGUUGCCCCUGCCAUGCUCUGUCCUUUGCAACAACUACUGGAUGCACAACUAAGUGUGAAGAGCAGUGUCUUCACUUGUUUAGGGAAAACAGACAGCCACACCGGUACACAUAUUACUUGUGGAUAUUUUUCAGAUAUCAAAGGCAGCGGCUGCCCAUCUUGCUACAGUUACAUGAAAGAGGAAAUGCCGCAUGUCAGGAACAAUGGGCUUGCGUUCGGGACUCCCAGCAAAGGGUUUGUGGUUGGGACGACCACAUACACCAUCACUGAUGAUCUCUCGAUAACCCCAGCAUCCAGCGCAUCAAGCAUCGACCUACUUGCACGGUGUGGCGUCAAGGACCUGAGCACAGUACAACAAAGGACUGUGACGAUUGGCGGUCAAGAGGCACUGGAGAUACUCCUCGCUUCCCUGAAGUCCAAGACCGUACUGACUGAUGUUUUUCUCCCCAAGAAAAAAGUUCGUUGCAAGAAGGAAGUUACUGCUUAGUUGAAUGGGCAUUUUUUUGGGGAAUCUCAUGUACAAAUCACCACACGACUUUUUAAUCAGAAGGGUAGUUGAUAGUUACAACUUAGAAGUUAAAGUGUUAAACUACUGCAGAAAAUGGUUUUGUGAGAGCUUUGCUGGA